UUUAUGCAAAGAUCUGCUCCGAAAGAGGAGAAGAAGAAGACUGUCGAAGAGCCUAAUGGGGAUUUUCACUCCCCCGGAAUUGCAAAGAAGUGUGUGGUCAUAACAGACUGGGCUCCUGAGCCAGGAGCAUUGUUAGGACGCAUGUCGUUUCAGUCUUUCAAUCCUUCUAUCGAGAAAUUGAACGAAGAGGCGUUAAACGUUCGGAAACCAGAUGAUUCUCCCACAAGCUCUAACAGUAAUGGUGGAAGAAUGUCUUUUAGAGAACCGAAGGUUGAGAUAAGCCGGGAAACAAAUGGCGACUUGAAAAGGAAACAGUCUGAGGAAGUCUCUGAGGAGCAAAACCGUCCAAACAAGUCUCCAAGGAAACUUCAGAGCAGUGACAACCCAUCGCCGAGCAGUAGUAAAGGCGAUGCUUUCAAGAAACCGAAGAGCAGGAAGGCAGCAUGGAGCGUUUUGAAGCCACCAAAACCUCAAACCAAAAAGGGUUUAAAUUAG